AUGAGGAUGCAACAGCAAAUAGAGUUGCAGAGCAGCCGGCAUUCCAGUUCAGUCGCAGGCUUCCCUGAAGGCUCAGCAGGUGAAGGGCCUACCUGCAAUGCAGGAGACACAGAAGACGUGAGGUUCGAUCCCUGGGUCGGGAAGAUCCCCUGGAGGAAGAAAUGGCAACCCGCUCCAGUGUUCCUGCCUGGAGGGUCCCGUGGACGGAAGAGCCUGGUUGCGGAGUUGCAGACAGCUGAACGACUAAGCACGCAGCACCCGGAGGAGACAGAGGCUGAACACGAGGGGCCUACAAAGACGGAUACACCCUGCUCUCUGACCCUCGGGAAACCCAGUUUGUGA